AUGUUUCUAAAAAUUGUGAAGCGAUUAGCGAUAUAUGUUUAUUUACUUGUUGAAUAGGUUAAUUAAAUUACCUUAUUAAUACUUCCAUGAUGCCUGUGCUGGUGGAACGCGAAAAAAUCAACCCCGUUAUGCAGAAAGCGCUGCAAUUUCACAUUCUACGGGAAAGAGAAAAACGAAAACAAGAGGCAGCAGAAGCUGAAAAAGACUUUGAAAGAAAAGCAAAAGAGGAAGAAGAAAAAAGAAAGAAAAUUGAAGAAGAAAACUCAACUUUGGAAGAAAUAAAAGAACAGCUUGUUAAGCUUCGUGAAAAGCAGGAAAGUUUGAGGCAAGAGAAGCAUCAGUUGUUCUGGCAAUUCAAGCGUGUUCUGCAUGAGGAAGGAAAAAGGAAGGAACGUCUUCGUGAACAAAGCGAAAUGAAUUCCUUUGCAAGUGGUCACUAUCCCGCACAUGCAAUGACAAUGGGACCUCACCAUCUAUUACCACAAGCUCGUUACCCUACUCAUCCACAUCAAAGUCCAUAUACCGUUCCCCAAAACGUACAAUCAAUAUCAGGUUCCCAAGUCAUACAACAAGGUUUAAAACGUCCUCACAGCCCAACACCCCCCUCAAGUGGUAUGUACCAACGUCAAGCACAAAUCCACCCGACUGCCCAAAGCAAAUAUGAAUUUGCAGGUCAUUCUAGUCAUUCUUAUAUAUCCCCUGCAAGAAGUGGCUCUCACUACUCCAGCACUUCAACCCCACCUGGAAGGUUACACAAUCCUUACCAAACUCCUGAUCGACCUGUAGCUCAUCAAACAGGAAAAGACACACCAACCUAUUUAGAAGAAACUCGUCCUAGAAUCAGGAUGUUGCCUCAAAACUUCCUCUCACAUCAAUUACAAACAUCUCCUUUCACAUCAAGUAGUCACCUUAUCCGGUCAAAUUCACCAGGUCGAUAUCCUAAAGCCGAAACAGAACUGCAGCAGCUGUCAUACUCUCCAAGCACAACACCCAACCAUCUAAAAUAUCCACCACCUUCACACUCAAAUCCUAGGAGAAUGUUCCAGAAACCACCUUAGCAUAAACUUGAUCUGGCUGCUAUGAAAGACCUGACAAAUAAAUUUAUUUCACCGAGAAUACAAUAAAGCGUUGGUUUGUUUUAUUUCAUGUUCUUUUACUAAAUCCGAGCGCCGACACCACAAAU